UCGAUAGGCAUCGUGUGUAAACAAGAGCGAUCGUUUCUGUUUAGAGUCACCUGUUGAUGGAUUGUACCGGGGAUGCUUUAUGUUCAAUAGAUUUCAUAUGCUUCACAUAACUAUUGUGGUACCUGACUAAACAGUGACAAGGCAGGAGAUUGGUCCUUUGACGAUUGGACCGAGGCGUAUAGUCUGUUUCGAAAAGAGGAGCAUUGCCGUGGGAAUUCAACAAGUGUCGGCUUCCAUCUGUAUCUCUAUCUCAUAGAAUGGACAUAUGUCUCAGGGAUGGUCGACUGUGUAUAUAUGGUCACGGAGAAAUCGCAAUGUAACGAAGGAUACCGAACAUUCAGAUUACUCUUGAAGAUGUGAUAUCGGAGUUCGUGGUUUCAGAAAACUUGAAAUCUGCGGACAAAUGUAACUUAAUGAACAACGACAAAAUGUGUGUAUAACAUAUUUAUUUGCAGUGUUUUCAAAAAUGUUAUGAUGAGUUAAUAUAGCGAAGUACUAUUUCCGUCCAAUGUAGAUUAAGUUAGGCAAUUACUCUACCCUUUUUAGGUAUGACAUUUCACCUAUCAGAUUUCAACAGUGAUUAAUCAAAUACGAGGAGACCAAUCUCCAUUGAACAACGGAAAUCUCGUUUGAGUCGAAAUAGCAUUACAAUGGUCGUGCUACUCAAAACCAAGUAUUACGCUAAGGAAGCUAAGUGUUUCUUGGACAUCGCCAUGUAAUGAAUGCUCUGACGUGACUAUCUGGGAGCGACAAUCCUGGCACAAUGAAGGUUGCAUGUAGCAUGUACGUGUUGACAUGCCUGUCAUUUGCCUUUGGAUCUCUUGCUGGAAUAACCUUAUCUUUGGCCGUUGCGACUGAUGCAUGGCUGUUCACAAAGGAUCGAAUAUCACUCCGGAUAAUGAAACCGGAUAACACUACUGAAGACGUUCAUGUACCAAUGGAAUUACGGUCGGGCUUAUGGAGGGUUUGCACAAUCAAUUUAGCAAAUGGAACAAGCCCUGACCAAUGCAUCAGCAUUGACUACAACCAAAAGGGCUCAGGCCGAGGGGAGGGAGCCCAGACUAGCAUGUCAAUAGUAGGUGCCUAUCGCAUAUCAACACCCUGCCCCGUCGUGGCGCUGAUAUUAGGAUUCACUGCCAUCAUAUUCCACGUCACGGGGACAAUCAGGAGGAACUCAAAAACAUUAGUAGCUGGUGUGCUUUAUAUAAUGUCAGGUCUCGUUUUGGCCGUUGGGAUAAUACUGUUCAUAUCUGCAAUCAAUGACGAAGUUGGACAUAGACCAACAAAGAGUUUCUCGUUUUCCUACAAGUAUGGAUGGUCCUUCUAUAUAGCAGGGCUAUCGUUUAUUGCCUCGGAACUGGCCGCUGUUGUGUGCGUUACAAUUUUCUUACGCAGGCAUUCGAAAAUAUCGGAUAUGAUCAACAUAAUUCCUGGAUUGGAAGAAAAGCUAGACAAGGAUUAUGAGAAGACAGAGCAGAAAUGCUCUGGGCAGGAGGACCGUACGAUGCUGUAUAUGGGAUGAUGCUUUGAAAUUGGUCUGCAUCUGUGAAUGAGAUGGUGGCGCCGUUUAAUAAGACGUGUAUGUUAGCGUUGAUUUGGAAUGCAUUUGGCGGAAAGAAAAGGCUUGCAUUUUGAAAAUAAGAAAUGUUUUCAUUUAGUAGUGAAAUAUGUUUUGUUCCUUGAUGGAGAUAGAGACGGAUACUGGUGUGAUAAGUUAAUCGUUUAAAUAGUGCAUUUAUUUGGUUCAAUUUCUGUUUCACUUUUAUAAUAGAAACAUAUAAUUCAUAUACGAUUAGAUAUCUGAGAUGAUGUUGAAAUUGCUUGCAUUGCCUGGGAUACUAAACAGAUUUAUGUGAUACUUAAGGUAGUCAUAUAAAAUGUAUGUAAUAUUCUUCAAAAGUAAAUAUAUAUCAUUAAUAUUUACCUAAAACGGCAUGUUUCUGCGUUAGAAAACUAUAUGAGAUAAUUCAAAAGAUUGAAUUUGAUUGAAUUGCUGCGGUAAUAAUCUAACUUUUGUGUAGACUUGAAUUAAAGUAAACAAAUAAGUAAAUAGAUAUUUGAAAUAGAUUAUCAAAUGUAACCUAGCACGUGAACUACAUUUAGCACGCGAAAUUGUGUGUUUGUUUUUGUUAGCCAGAUAAGUUUAUUUUUAAACUUGAUAACUAUUUGAACCAGUUGCCAUUAUUAUAGUGUAUUUGGUAUAGAUGUUUUAUAAAUGUCUUUUACCUGGUGACAAGAUGUUUUUUGCAACUAUACGAAGUUGGCAGAUUGCAUGUUUUAUCAAGUUUUUUGGAUGGUAUGACAAUAACUAUUCUACACUAUUUUUAUUGGUGGUUUGAAACGGUUUUGUAAAAUGUAUAUUUGUAUCCAUGUGAGAUAAGUUUGGUAAGAGACAUUUAAAAGAUUUCCUCGUCUCUGAAACUGCUGGGCUAUUUCGUAGAAAGGUCCCACUAAAUAUCCCAAGUACAAAGUGAAAAGUAAGAUUAAAAAGCACCUCAUUAUCAGCUUUUACUGUUAAAGGUAUCACCGUUUGAUUUAAAUAUGUUGUUAAGAUAAAUGUAUGUAUUAUCAUUUCAAUGCAAAAACAGCAUGUACAGAAAACCACUUGAUAUAUUUUGGUAGUAUAUUUUAUAUUGUAAGUAAUAAUAUUGCCUACCACCUACAUGAAUUUUCAUGCAAUACACAUGAUUUUAUAUAUGUACAUAUACCUCUAUCUCACCCAUAUAUAUAUCUAUGAACUUGUAUUGAUUCCAUCUACUCUGUUAUAUGAUGUCAGACUAUUGAAUGAGAUUUAUUCAAAUCGUUCACGUCAUAAUUGAUCGCCUACUAUUAAAAACAAACAAUGAUGCUCUACAUACAUGUAUAUACAAAUAUGUAGGUGCGUGUGUGACCAGGCGUCACAAUUCGCUGUGCAGAGUAGUGUCCCUUGGCCACGCUAGAAAUCUAUGAUCGUUGGUUCGAAUCCCGUUUCGCCCCGUUCAUGUUUCUACGCUUGUCAGCUCCAUACCCAUGCUUAUGGGUAUCUGUGACGCGCAUCACUUCGAGGCUUUUCUCCCCCUUUAAGCUGACCCGCCGUGAUAAACUGGAAUGCUGUUCAGACGGCGUUAAACCCAACUCUCUCACUCACUCACUCACUCACUACAAUGAUAUAAUAAUCCACACCCGGGAUUCGUUAACUGGGAUAAUUAUCAAUCCUGCGAUAUGACUGGAGACGUUACUGUCCAGAGGUUCACUGUAUGUGGAAUGACAACUGCUGAUGUAUUGUAUUUGGUAGACAACACCAUUCUAUAAUCAGAAGAAGUCUGUCACUUAGUCCACAUGGGAGGAACGCGCGACGUGAACGAAGGUAAUUACACAGAAAUGAACGGCUUUCUAGAAUGUACGAUGGCCACAUACAACAUGGGGCAUUUUAUAAAAAUAAUACACUGGUAAUAAAAGCGUUAUU